AAGUGACUUUUAUUCUGAAAUUAAAUGAGCUGCUGAAUGUCCUGAUGUUCCGGUUGUUCCCACUUUAGGGUGUUUUGUCGGCAUCCGCUUAAUCGUCCUGUCUUAAGUUUUGUGGUUAGCUGCUAUGAGCGACUUUUAUAUUAAACCAGGGAAUCAGGAGCGGGGAUGGAAUGACCCUCCACAGUUUUCAUACGGCUUACAGACUGGUGGACAGAAACGGAAUCUUCUCAACAAGAGGGUUCCUCCACCUCAACUCUCAGCUCAGAGCCCUGGAUCUCCAGCCAUGAACUCAAUUCCUCCAAGUAAUCCAGUGCCUCCUCAUGUGGCCGGAUUCACUCCACCUCCGAAAAGUCACGCUUCUUCAGGCCGAUCAGCAGAUUCACACCAGUCCUCUCCGAAGAUCCAGCCUGACAUGAUUGAACCAUCAGAGAAUGAACCAAACCUUAGCGAUGUUCAAGCGCCACUUCUCCAGGCGCUGACUGCAUGCCGGCAAACCAUUAAGAAACAGGUGUGCGAUGACGUUGAGAGGCGACUGAAGACCUUCGAAGAGAUGUGGCAAAGCGGUAAACUUUCUCUUCCGGUUAAACGCAGGAUGAACGGACUUUCCCAAGAGCUGAGCAGUAAGAAUUGGGACAAAGCAGAUGAGAUCCACCGUGCCCUGAUGGUGGACUACGUUAACGAAGUGAGCCAGUGGAUGGUGGGAAUCAAGCGCCUCAUUGCGGAAACCCGCAGCCUGAGUCCAGAGCUGCUGCAGACGGACACGACGCCUCACAGCAAGGCCUCAGCUGAUGUAGAGCAAUGAGGAAGCGUUUUAGGCUGGAGUGCUUUUCGCUUAAUGGAUCGCCUUUUCCUCCAUUUCUUCUGAGCCUUAGCGAUUACAGGACACUGUAUAAAAGAGACGGACAUUAUGGUUUAAAUGAACUUGAUAAAUUUACGAUAUUGUCUUAUUGUAUAAGUAAAGGCAACUUUCCAAAUCUACAAUCUUAUCAAAUAAAAUCGCAAUACCGGAUCAUGAGACAGCAGUGCUAAGUUUACAUUUUUUUCCCUAUGCAACCACAUCUUUCAAUUUUUUAUGUUAAAUUCCCCAACCUGAGUAUUGAGGUGGCACGACUGUUUCUACAGCAUUUUCCAUCAUUUAUUCAAAGUUGGAUAUGUGUAAUGUAUUAAUGUCUAAUAAAAUGACUAUAUAGUGAAA